AUGUCACCCAAGAAAUCAGAUGCCGAAAUUAAGGAAGAGCAACGAAAGGUUGCGGAAGAUGAAGAUGUCGCUCCUGGUGCAUUUCACUCUGUAACAAAUUCAAACGAAAACAACAUGGAGAAAGAUGGCGAUGAAGAUGACCAACGAUCGGAGCAACGCCGUCAAAUCGUUUCGCAGUAUGUUCUCAAUGGCAGUGAUGACCAAGAUAGGAGUUCUUUUUUCGUGGAAGGCUCUCAAACUGAAUGCUCGUCUGCCAUGGAUGAUUCCCAAAUCAAGUCCGAGGCAAAACGACAAGGUCCACUAACCCGGAACUCUAAUAACUCAGGUGUCACUGCAGUCAGGGGAAAGAGUAAUACCAAGGUUACAGGGCCGACUGUCCUGGCUACACGCCAGUCGAUAAAUGUCACUGAGGAUGACGACGACACAACCGCUGUGCCACCUGGAGUCCCCCUUCGUCGCAGUCCAUUUACCUACCGAGAAAACAAUAACAAUAACGAUCCUACUACUACUGUUACCAAUAACCCACCGCGCCAAGAGGAGGAGACCAAGGCGCCCGAGUCACAAGACGGAUCAGAACUCGCUGCCGAGCUAGUGGAUGAAAGGAAGGACCAGGAACGACUGAAACAAACAUUGGAAAACGUGCUGCAAACACAGAAUGCUGUUCAAGUGGUCGAUGUGGAGGCGGAAGAUAGACUCAAGCGUCAGCGACAGAGACGUAACUUUUGUCUUUAUGCAUUUUUGGGAUCUGCUGUACUAGCAGGUGUCGUUGCUGCCGUUGUCGUUACUUCCAGCCGCAACCAGCAGCAGACAGCUGCGCCGACUAUAUUGCCCAGCAUGUCGCCCACAAUGGCACCGACUACUCGAGAGUCGGCUGUGGUCGAGGCAGUGGUAUCGGAAUUUGGGGACCUGCCAGAAGACGAGGAUGCGCCACAACACGCGGCUAUACAGUGGUUGACCGACAUGGAUACCACCAUCGAAUUCCCCUUGGAUUCAGAAGAAUCAGAACACAUUUUUUUGGAGCGUUAUGCGGCCGCUGUCUUUGGCUACUCCACUCAAUACUCGUCAUGGUUCAAUAACGACAAUUGGCUCGAUCCAAAUGUUUCCGUUUGCGACUGGUUCGGAUUGACUUGUAAUGAUGAUGAACGCAUUGCAGUCUUGGAUCUUGCUGUUCAGAACCUUGAUGGACACAUUCCAAGUGAAAUUGGAUACUUGGACAAUCUUGAUUUUGUCUUUUUGUUCCGUAAUAAGCUGAGAGGUACCAUCCCACCAGAGGUUGGAAAGCUCGGAGACGUCGAUUUCAUGUACCUGAACGAGAACUUGCUGACAGGUCAAAUCCCUGAUGAGCUCUCUGGCCUUUUGGAUGCUGAUGAACUCUUUUUGUUUGGAAACCAACUAAAUGGUACGAUUCCAGCAGCCUUUGGCGGUCUUGUUGACUUGGUGAACCUCUACAUGCAUGAUAAUAGGCUAUCCGGUGAGAUCCCAAGUAGUCUUAGCCAGCUGAAGCGACUUCAACGGUUGUAUUUGCAAGACAAUAACAUCCAAGGUCAGAUUCCUUCGGAAUUGGGCGGUAUCAUUAGUCUUCAACGGAUUCAACUUCAUAACAAUAGACUGACUGGACAGGUUCCCUCGGAACUUGGCGGUUUCCUUGGCUUGUCAGUGUUGACUUUGCAGGAUAACAAUUUGACGGGUGAAAUGCCUGAGGACAUCUGCGCCUUGCGUGAUGCACCGAUUGACGAUUUGGAAGUGCUGGAAGCAGACUGUGCAACGAACGACACUGGAGUUGGAAUGAACUGCACAUGUUGCUCAUUCUGUUGGUAA